UGUGCUUCGCCGGGCGCGUCACUUCCGCACUUAAUAUCAACAACUAUGGCGAAGACGUACGACUAUUUGUUUAAACUUCUAUUAAUUGGAGACUCCGGGGUCGGAAAGACGUGCGUCCUAUUCAGGUUCUCCGAGGACGCCUUUAAUUCUACGUUCAUAUCGACCAUAGGCAUAGAUUUCAAGAUAAGGACAAUAGAGCUGGACGGCAAGAAGAUCAAGUUGCAGAUAUGGGAUACAGCCGGUCAAGAGCGCUUCCGAACAAUCACAACAGCCUACUACAGAGGAGCCAUGGGAAUCAUGCUCGUCUAUGACAUCACCAAUGAGAAGUCUUUUGAAAAUAUCAAGAACUGGAUAAGGAACAUAGAGGAGCAUGCGUCAUCUGAUGUUGAGAAGAUGGUUCUCGGCAAUAAAUGUGACAUCAAUGACAAGCGACAGGUGUCCAAAGAUCGGGGCGAAAAGCUGGCUUUAGAGUAUGGCAUCAGGUUCAUGGAGACGAGCGCGAAGGCCAACGUCAACGUGGAGAGCGCCUUUUUGACACUCGCUAGAGACAUCAAAUCCAAAAUGGACAACAAAAUGGACGGGAACCCACCUCAGGGGAGCAGCCAAGCAGUGAAGAUUCUGGAGCCACGGAAAAAGAGCAGCAUCUUCCACUGCAGCCUCCUUUGAGGACCGCCGAGGCCUUGAAACCAAAGAACUCGCUCAAGCCCAAAUAAGACUGUCGCUUGCCCGGGAGCACUUCCUUUCAUUCCCUCUCCUCAUAGCAAGUCCGCACGUAAGCAAAACCGCGUUUUACGGGUGCUCCCGGCUGGACAAUCGUCGUUUACAGGAGAUCCCUGAGGUGCGGCGGGUGGUGUGGCGCUCGGUAGGUGGACAACGGCGAGAUGUCGCACAAAUGACAGCCUUGUAACUGCUGUUUUUUUUCCCCUAAGUAUACAUUUCUAGCCAGAAACUGACAAGCUUGAAUCUCAGCCAUUUGGCAGUUGAGUUAUAAAGCAGGUUUGAAGUCAUUGAUAUACACACAAGAAGUUUGACAUUUUGGUAGCAGUGUUUUGAAAAUUCCGUUAGGUACAUCGGUUCCAUUUUGUCAUGUGGAAUUUGGCAGGCAUGUUUAGUCUGAAUAGAUGCGUGAAAAUGUACGGGAAGUCUGCCAUUUUAGAGUCAUUUUUGGCGAUUUGCCAGCAGUCUUUUCACAUGUCAGUUCUCAAAGGCCUUUUCACUUUCCCGUGUGAAAUUUGGUAGGCAUGUCUGUCGUGAGUAGGACCACAAAACAGGCCCUUUUCUUGAAAAUGUGCAUUUGGUAGCAGUGUUGUGAAACGUCUCCUCCCCCUCCAAAGACAUUUUCACAUACUAAUGUGAAAUUUGCUUGGUAUGUUUGUCAUCAUGAGUAGGACCACCAAAAAAAAUCGUCUCCGACACACAGAUGCCAUUUAAGAUUGCUUUUGCUGAAAAUGUGUACAGGUAUUUGGGAGCACUUUAUUUCAAAUUCCUCUCCAAAAGCCAGUUUCAUCUCGCCUAUUGUGACAAAUCGUAUGGCAUGAAUAGACCCACAAAGGAAGUAUAAGGAAACAGAAGCAGUUCUGCUCCUUCUAAAACAAAAACAAAAAAACUUCCACUUUUAUAGUUGUCAAUGGCAGUCAAUAAUUUAGCUCGAGAAAUGCAGUAAAUUCGAAUUGGGGGGGGAAGAAAUAUGUCCAACUCUAUAAAUGUUUGAACUUGAUGGUUUCUGAUUGAUACUGCGUUAAGCUGAAAUGACGUUUCUGGCAGUUUGAACAAAACAACCCCCCGCCCCCCCAUUCAGCUCUCCUCGCACUUUACCACAAACUGCAUGAGACAUCAAUGGCGUCUUAUUCGGGGUUGUGCCAGUUCUUAUAACGGCCGUGAGUUUAGCCAGAGCAGUGUUUGACUCACAAGCUAAUCUUGAUUUCUGCUUCAUCUAUUUAUUCAAACCUCUUUUUUUCUACAGUAUUAUGUGUAAAAAAAUAUAUAUAAUUCAAAAGCAAAAGUACUGUCCUGACAAUCCCAGUCAAGCUUCACCAGUAUUUUAAAGAAGCACAUACAAUGUGUUGAACUGUAAUCCAAGACGGUAGCUCUGCAUUUUUUUUUUUUUUUUUUUUAAUAUGUGCUUCCACCAAUGUCAGAGCUGCUGUGUUGGGAGCCUUUUUAUGUAUGACGAUGUUAAGCUUCUUUUUUUUUUUAUUAUUAUUUUGUAUUUCCUUUUUUGGUUCGCCAAUUUAUAUUCUUGACAUAGCAACAGAAUUCCAAUACAGGUUUUUUUCCACUUCGUUCCUGCACUUUUUAUCCUGCACCUAAAAUCACGCGUGCCCAUUUGUCCUUGGAGUUCAGUGCAGCUAUGCAUUGUGAAUUUUGGACCCGUGUGUGCCACACACACACAGACGUAUGUACCCCUCGCUACUGUAAAUCGUAGUUUAGUUUUUGUGGGUUCGGGCGUUGUCCUACUUUUUCAAAAAAAAAAAUAAAGCUACUUUUUAUUUGGAGACAA